CUCAAACAUGGCAGUCGAAGUGACUGUGAUGAAAUUUCAACUUAUUCCUUCAUAAGUUUCUUUUAACGCCUUUAUGCUAUUGGGAACUAUCUGAAGCACUCUAUAUUAUCUGCAGGAAUAAGAUAUUAAUGUUGCCAUAAAUCUUACACUUUAUUCUUUUAGCAGACUUUGAUACUCUUAAAUUCAAAGUUUUGGUAGCAGAACAUAAAUAGUUAGUAAUAACAUGAAGUUCAUCAAUAUAAAACAUAACUGUAACAUAAAUGUAGAUUUAUGAAAAUUAAACUAGAAUUUUCAGUGGAACCAUCUGUUAAAACUUGGAAGUGAGCAUCAAUUUAUGGUGGACUUAUGUGAAGUUGGGUUGGGAGAGGAACUAUUGACUCUUUUAUGUAGAAAGUCAAGUCUUGAACUGUGUUUUUAUAUCACUGCUACUUAAUAUUUGCACCAUUGACUCAUACAGAUUGAUGUGAAAAUGAGGAUGAGUUUGAUUAGAAAUAUCCACCGUUUGAAAAAAUUCCAGUGUCAUCGAGUCAGUUGUAGAACUUUAUUUGGUUUCUCCAGACCUGAUGAUUGGAAUAAAGCUGUGACAGACGCUGAAAAAGUAGUUGGUUAUCCCACAUCCUUCAUGAGUUUAAGAUGUCUUCUCAGUGAUGAAUUGUCUAAUGUAGCAAUACAUAUGAGAAAACUUGUUGGUACAAAACAUCCACUGUUAAAAACAGCCAGAGGAUUAGUGUAUGAUGGAACUCAUAAUUUACAGACUAGAGGUUUAAUAGUUUUACUCAUAUCUAAAACAGCUGGUCUUUCACAGAAUAAUUUCCAUCAACAACAAGAUGUUAUAGAAGGUAUUUUACCAAGUCAGAGGUCUUUGGCUGAGAUAGCUGAGAUGAUUUAUACAGCUAAUCUUAUACAUAAAGGUGUUGUUAAUCUGUCAGAUAUACAACCUUCUGAUGGUUCUGUUCAUGAUAUGGAGUUGGGAAACAAAAUGGCAGUUUUAACAGGGGAUUUUUUAUUAGCUAAUGCUUCAACAGGAUUAGCUCAACUUCAUAACACUAAGGUCGUUGAAACUAUAUCAAGUUGUAUAGGGGAUCAUGUAUCAGCAGAGUUUACAGGUUUACAAGAUAAAAAUGGUAGACCCUACUUACCUGAUAAUGUAACCUUCAACGACUGGUUGAACCAGACAUUCCUAUCUUCUGGUAGUCUAUUGUCUAAAAGUUGUCUGGCAGCUGUAGAACUUGCAGGACAUGGGCUAGAAGAACAAACUUCUGCCUUUGAAUUUGGUAAAAAUAUGGCUUUAGCUCAACAGUUAAGUGAAGAUUUAAAACCAUUUUUAAAACCAGAAGAUAAUUUAGAACAACUGACUAUUACUUCAGCUCCUGUUAUAAAAUAUAUAGCAUCAUCCUAUAAUAAACAUCCUAUAUCAUUGUUUAAUAUUUAUUCUCAGAAAAAAAUUUUAGAAGUGAUAAAAGACAGUUCUAUUCUAUCUGAAAGUAAAACAUUAUGUAAUGAAUAUGGAGAAAAAGCUAUCAAUAGUUUAUCUAAGUUUAAAAACUGUCAAGCUAAAAACGCUUUAAUCAAAAUAGUCAAAGCAGUGGUGGAUGUCUGAUCUUUUUAUGAAAUAAAAUUAAUUUAUAUCAA